AUGCACCCUCUAAACCCCUUUCUCCGUGCCUUCUUCCGAAGCACUGUUCCGGGGCAGUGUAUACCCGUCGAGAAUCAUGUCUUACUGGUCCCCACGACGGAAUGUUUAACGGGCUCGCGCGACCGGGAAUCGAAUCUGCAAUACUCGGACCUCGUCGCGUCAGAGGAGUUUCUCGGAAGCCAUGUACUGCGGAUCCCGAUCCACCCCGGCACUACAAAUGGGAAGGAGGACUCAAAUGUUCGCGACAGUAGAGGGAAAGCGAAACAGGUGACAACUUUCAAUGGACGGACGGUGAUAAUCAAGGAGAACUUGUUUGGGCAGAGCACUGAUGGGCAGAGUACUGACUUGCGUACACCAGGCUUCAAAUCCCUGACCCAAGCACAACUGCUGUUCGAUGCCCUCUAUUACACUCCCUCGAACGAGUCCCGACCUUGGCUCAUUUACUAUAUCUCUCGACCGUUGAUCGGCUCUUUCGAUCCUGCGAGAAUCAUACCAGUCGCCGUACCUGGAAGCGAACGGAACAAGAUUGAUGUAACACCUUCUGACAAGAAACAUGGAAACGAGGAAUCGGGAGCCUCGCCCCCUAAGCAAGAGAUCAAGUCUUUCGGCGAGCUGCUGGCCAACUUUCCCAUGAUCGCAAAACAAAUGCAGCCGGGCCUGGAGCGACUGUUCCGUGAGUUUGGAAAAGAGCUCGGAAAGCCACUACCUCCGCCACCGUCAAGGUCGCCUUCUUUAUCUGGGAGCGGGAGGGAGAACAAGCUAUUGCGCACCCAGUCCUUCACGGAUGAAAGUACGUCUGUCCGCAGUCGGUCAUCCCGCGGUAGAGGGCGGCUCCCGUUCAAUUCCGAGGAAUAUUUCGAAGACGAUGAAGAUCUCAUGCGCCGAAGCCUGGAGACUGCAGUUACCGCUGCCAUCGACCUCUUUCGCCUGGUGGACAAGCAGCAACUAUCCUUACUUGGAGCCACCACCGAGCUAACCGGGCCUAUGGUCGAGCGACUCAUUGAACGUUAUGUCGCCGAGCAAGUCCAUGAACCACUUCUCUUUCCCCGUCUAUGUUCCUUUCGUCAGCCCGAAGAUGUGGAACUGGAUUCCCGAAUUCGACAUAUGGAAAGCAUUGAUGUGUCCCAGGUGGGCAUCGCCGUUGAGGGCGGGCAUGAAGGCAAGCGUGAGUUGAUUCGUCGACUCGGGCGAGGCGUAGAAGAGUUUCGAAAAACAGCCGAGGCACGAUGCCCCCAUGACAUGCUCCAGACCCUUUUGGGGACUGUCAAAGUCAUCUCCUACCCGGGCAGUUACGAUCGGGUGGAUGGCCCGGCAUCUGAGAAAGGAGGCUCUUCUGUGACCAUCAAUGCCGAUGUUCUGGUAUCGUUGCUGCUGGUCGUGGUCAUAAGAUCCCAAAUCCGGCACCUUCAGGCUCGCCUGUUGUAUAUGCAGCACUUCAUCUAUAUUGACGACGUGGACAGUGGCGAGAUGGGUUAUGCCUUGAGUACCUUUGAGGCGGUCCUCAUGUAUCUGGUGACGGAUUCGGCAGGCCUUCGCAGGGCCAGUUCUCGGAACCGGCGUCUGUGGCAGGCCACCAAAGCGGGCAGAAUAUCCGACAUGAAAGCUAUUCUUGAGCCGAACGAAGAUCAUGAGUCCAUAGACGACACCACUCCCCAUGAGCCUGAGCGGAAGUCCGUUUUCUUCCAAACAGACGACUACGAGGAAGCGCCGCUUGAGACGUCUUCGCUAUACAGCAAUUCCGUCGACACGAAUGGCGAGCUGCUACAGGACGAAGUUGUCUCUGAGGCACCGCCCUUGUCGCAUGUGUUCCCAUUCCAGACCUGGAGAGCUUCUUCGCCUUUGAAGGAGUCAAGGGAAUCUCAUCGCCCAGUGAAGAGGGUUUCGAUGGACGUCCGCAGCUUGUCAGAAUCAUCGGCUGUGUCAUUUCUCUCAAGAACGACAACAAUAGGGUCUAUGGCAAGUGGAAUUGAGGGCGAUAGCUCGAUUGAGACUCUGACCAAGACGCAAGAUCCUGCCGGAGAUACCAUACCUAUGAUGGCAGUAGAGAGCCGUCAGUCAGAGGCUUUGAAGUAUCUCCUGACCCUGGAGGAAUACUAUCCCCUGGAAGAUAUUCUUCACGACACUAAUGCCGAUGGGACAACAUUGCUGAAUGCUGCCGUGCAGCUUGGACAUAAGGAAAUUGUCGACAUCCUCCUAGACUUCCUUUUCAGCAAGACCGAUGAAAGCGUGGUUGCGCUCUAUCUGACCAAAUCAGAUGUUCAUGGGCGUACAGCUGCUCACUACCUUUUCAGCACUCCUUCGCUAUUAGAAAGACUUCCGGGUAUUCUCCCAUGGCGACAGAAGGAUAAGCAUGGCCAGACGCCACUCUUUGCCCUCUGUCGAUCGUACGACCACCCCGAAUACAAAUUUAUGGUGCAGACCGCUUUGACAGCGGCCCAACGCGCCCAAAGAGACGAGAAAGCACUUCAACUCGAUGAUCAUGUUGAUGCCAAGGGGAACACACUAUUGCAUAUCGUCGGUGAUCCUGAAAUUACCACCCGAAUUCUUCAAGAAAGCGAUUGCGAUCCAAAUGCCACCAAUGAUAAGAGGUUUACACCUUUGAUGAUGGCCAGUAAGUAUGGACGAGUUGAUCAAGUUCGCAUCCUCUUCAUGGACGCGAGGGUCGACGUUCAUGUCAAAGAGGCCCGUGGAUUGACAGCGGUAGAGCUGGCCAAGGAUGAUGAGGUGCGAAACCGUAUUGAUGACCUUAUAUUGCUGUCCCAUCCGGCUUCGGUGUGUGGGGACCCCUCGGGUCGUGUCACUACUGUCGUGCGCUCGUUUUUCGUGGAGGACGCAACCGUCCGUUUUAUUCUCAAGUCUGGCGCACCGUAUCCUCCAUCGGAGUCUGUGGCAUCUCGGCCGGGGUCGACCACUUACACGGUCACAACGUGCCGGCGCAGCUUCUCUGACUUUGAGAACCUUGCCAAGUGGCUUGCAGUCGAACACCCCGCGUCCUAUGUCCCGUCUCUUUCAGACUUUCGGAACCCGUUCCAAAUUCACUCGAAACCAUCGCGAUCGGUACUCCAUGAUCUCCAGGAACGGCUGGACCGUUUUCUCAAGACUCUUUUGACCCAUCCGACGUUCUCGACCCACGAAAUGUUGUGGGAAUUCUUUCUUGUCCCGGAGCUACAGCCCGACAUGAUGGCUGACCGGUCUCGCUCCAAGGCGGCGGCGCUGACAGAGAGCAUUGGUGAUGAAUACGCGCCCGUCACAAUUGAGGGCAUGCGCGAUACCGAACAAUUUAUAAGUCACGCACAGGAAAUGGUGCGCGGCGUGCACGCGAACACCCGAAGUGUGAUCCGUCGCGGAUACGCCCUACAAAAUGGUGCCUCCGAUCUCGCCGACGCUGUCCUUCUCUGCUCUUCAAUUCUCUCUACUUUCCAGGAGCCCACCAAUGCGCUCCCGGCGGCGUAUAUAGACGCCGUCACCCGUUAUGCCACCUGCCUAUCCACCUCCCGCUCCGACUCCUCUCCACUCCUCCAGUACCUCUCCGUUCUUACCUCCGUUGACAACACCACCGCCGCAAUCCUGACCUCUCUCUCACGUCCGCUGUCCCUUAUGUCAAGUUUGGCAUCCACAAACCGGAGCAUCGCCCGCUCGCGCUCCUCCCUCAUUUCCUCAUCCCUCCCACGCAAAUUCAACCUCAACCUCCCGGGCUUCGAAGAGUCACGCCAGAAAUCCGUGCGCGAUCUUGAACAGAAGAUCCACGAUGACGAGGCCCAGGCGGCCCGUCUAGCAAAGGAGGUGACGUGGAACAAGGAUGUCGUCGUCGGCGAGCUUGCGGGCUGGACCGAGUGGCGCGAGAAGGUCGGCCGCGAUGCCAUUCGUGCUUUUGUCAAAGAUACCCUUGUCCGCGAAAGGGAGCGCGGCAAGCGCAUUGAGCGCUGUUUGCGCAGUGUGCGGGAGAUGAAGACUUGA